UUUAUUUAUAGGGACUUAAUCUUACUUCCUUCUUUUCCUUAUAAGAAAUCAACUAUAAUUUGGAUAAAUAGUUUGACAUAUCCAUUUAUUAUAUCACUCUGGACAACAUACAUAAUCUUGAGUACAUUUGCUUCGUCCUACAUUCACAGGAAUAUAGUAACAUCAUUUCAAUCUAACAAAGAAACCCUUAAUUUCAGGUCUUUGGAAAAAUUUUAAAAAAUAAGAAAAAAUUAGAUAAAGUAUAUACUAUAAACAUGACUACUAAAGCUAGACCUAUGAGUUGUUAUGUGACACCUCCAUUAGAAAUCAACUAUGAUUUUGAGAAUGAAUCAAGUUCUCCAGUCUCAGAUACUUUUUCAGAAAAUGAUAUUUCCAUAACACCUCCAUCUUCAGUUGGCACUACCCCACCAACAAGUCCUAAAUCCACAAAGUUUGGACUUUUAAGAAAAUUAUCUUCAAAGUUAUCUAUAAGGAGUAAAAAGAGUUUGGAAUCACCCAAAUCUAUAGACUCAACUUCAUCAAGUAUUGGUACGACUGAUUAUAGCUCAGUGCAAUCUACUCCUAUCACCAAGAGAUUAUCAAGAGAUUUCUCAAAUUUAAACAUAAUGCAUCAUACCCCAAAGACACCAGAAUCUCCAAAAAGAUCAAAUUCAAUAAAAGAAUCCAAGAACAAAAGAUAUAGUCUUUAUGGAUAUAAUUCUAAUUCACCAAAAACUUUCAUAUCAUCACCUAUAAUAAUCGAGAACCCUCAAACUACAACAUCACCAAAACAAUCCAAAUAUGAACUGAAUAAAAUAACAAGACUUUCACCUAUCCCAAAUGCCAAUGUUAACUAUUCUUUUGAAAGUUCAUUCAUAACCAACAACAUAAAGGAUCAAACUCUUAAAUUAAAUAUCUUCUUUGAAGAACUUAAACUGAGAAAUAGCUCACCUCAACUGGUAGAAGAUUUUGAUUAUUUUGCCUUAAAGUUAAGAAAGGAUAAAUUAAACAAUCUAAAUGAAUUAAUCAACGUCAUAAUUUAUAAGUUACUUGCUAAGAAGCAAGAUUUAAACAUUAACGACGUUAAAUUAUUGAUAUUCUUCAAAGAUAAAACGUUGAAUCCAAUAGUACUUAAACAAUCAAUGAGUGAACUGAGAUCAAUAUCAAAAGAAUAUCAAAAACCUUUCGAUUUAAACAAUGAUGAUUUGCUUUUGGAUUACAUAAAGUUGAAGAAGAAGCUUUAUAUAAUGGCUCAAUAUUGAUAAUAUCAUUAUAUCUCUGCUUUUGCUAUAUUGUAUAACAGGUUAUACAGGGUUCUUUGUAAUAUUAUAUAGAUUAUAAUAUAGAUUUUUGCAAUAAAAAAAUUCAUCACGUGUAUGUUUCCUAAUUGGGAAAGCGCUAAAAAUAAUUAUUUUUGUAAAAAAUUAACCAGAGAGAUAAAACAACGUUGCC